AUGGGUAACAAACUGAGCUGCUCCUGUGCCCCGCUGAUGCGCAAGGCCUAUCGCUAUGAGGAUUCGCCCUGGCAGAGCUCCCGUCGUCGCGAUGGUCAUCUUUUGAGUUCGUUCAGGUUGUGGGCAGAGGUCUUCCAUGUGUCAGCCAGCGGAGCCGGCACCGUCAAAUGGCAACAAGUGUCCGAGGAUUUGGUUCCUGUGAACAUCACCUGCAUUCAGGACUCGCCCGAGUGCAUCUUUCACAUCACCGCGUACAACAGUCAGGUGGACAAGAUACUCGACGUGAGACUUGUGCAGCCAGGUACACGCAUUGGCCAGGCAUCGGAGUGCUUCGUCUACUGGAAGGACCCCAUGACCAACGAUACCUGGGGCCUCAACUUCACCUCGCCCAUCGAUGCCAAACAGUUCCGCGAGUGCUGUUCGCCUUCUUUCAAAUUUUCACGAAAGGCCUCGUCGUCGUACUCGCUGAAAUUGGAUCCCCCGGGCAAGGGCAAGGUGAAGGCCAAGCGAAAGCCGCUCAGCACUCCGGCGUCGCCGUCGCGCGUCCGCCAGGAGCCCCAGUGCACCUGCAUGUCCGCCGAGCAGUAUGCGCGCCUGCGCACCGAUCCCCGUGUUCGAGGUUCAUCCACCCUGCCGCGCAACGUUGGUUCGCACCGCAUCACCGACGUCGACGGCCAGCAGCAGGUGGGCUCCGGCAAGGUGGUCAGUGCGGUGAGCAGCACCUCGCUCUAUGACAACGUGGCCAGCGGCGGUCCCGGUUCCGGCCAGGGAGCAGAUACUUUGCCACGUCAGAUGAAGGGCGGCCAGCAGGACAGACAGGACGUGGCCAAUGCCGGAGUGAACACCAACACUCCGGGCGUAAUUGUUACGGGCGUGGGCAACGUGGGCUCCGACAUGUGCGGCCAAAAUCAUGUGGGCUCACAGGUGGGCAACGAUGACCCGGCCGCAUGCCAAAUGGACAUGGAUCUAUCCAAGAGCGAGGGCACUCAGGCCGGCGGCGGACUGCACCAGAGCGUGGGCACCUGCACCUCCUCCUCCAAGGGCACCGGCACCCGCAACAAGGACUUUGGCGACGACAUGACACGCGACGCGCACUCGCACGACAUGCACCAGCACAAUGUAAUCAACAACAACACCCGGCGGAAGACCAAGAGCACCGAGGACAUGAACGUGGACACCAGCACCCUGAAGCGCAGCAUGCUGAAGCCGAUGCCCAGCACCGAGUCGCCGGUGACCUCGCCGGAGAUGGGGCGUCGGCGCUACAACUACUACAACGCGAAUGCGGCCCAGACAUUGGGCCACCCGCCGCACAUGCACCAGCAUGGAAUGGCCAUGGGAAUGGGCGGCGGGGGCGGAGGUCACCACAUAAUGAACAACAACACGAUGGGCCGUGCCAGCAGUCAGUCGUCGCGUUUCUCCGGCUCGAGAUCCUCACAUGAAAUCGGACGUGGCUAUCCGCCGCGUAAUCUCUACUUGGAGCUGGAGCGGGAGAGGAGCUGCAUCGAGGGUUCGCCGCCCUCGGACAACGUGAUGUUCGACAACCAGUGCUAUGCGACCACUCCGAGCUCCAGCAAUGGCAACUCGGACCAGGAUCAGUCCUACGGUCAGCAGCAGUCCUCGGGCCCGCAUCCCCAGCAUCCCCAACAUCCGCAGCAUCCACAGCAUCCCCAGCAGCAGCAGGGACCGCCGCAGCGAUCUUCGCGCCAUCAGCACCACCAUCAGCAGGCCCCCAAUGUGACCCCCACUCCGGGCUCGCCCACUUCGCGGCUGCUGCUCGAGUACGAGAUGCAUCUGAGGAACACUCUGGCCAAGGGCAUGGAUGCCGAGUCCUACAGCCUGCACACUUUCGAGGCCCUGCUCUCGCAGAGCAUGGAGAAUCUGGAAUUCGCUGAAAGCCUACCCGGAUCGAACCAGCGCAGCCCAUAUCCACUUCGUAGGCCCAAUGCCAAAUCUUCCACUUUGCCAUUGCCGCCGCAUCGACCAUUGUCUACUAUUCGUGACAAGGAACGAGAUCGCGAUCGUGAUGGUUACUACAGCGAUCGCAAUGAGUUGAUCAGGGAAAGGGAACGAGAACGCGAUCGUGGCUAUCUAUCAGAUCACAAUUCCAGUUUCUCCAACUCGCGUUGCGCCUCUUGCAUUGGCGAAUCGGCUCGGGCCCAGUGGUUCCGUCACUCGGAUGGUUGGCGUUCCGGCAGCUCCACAAUUGGCUCUGGAUCGGGUCAUGGCAUGAUGACCCAGCAGGUUCCUGGUUCCGGGCACAAGCGUUCGCCCUGGGAUUCCCUACCAUCUUUAAGGCAGGACAGCAGCCUCAAUGAUUCGGGUUACAAGAGUGCUCGUGCCGAUUCCCUAGAACAACGGGCCGAGUUCAUACGACAGGAUAGUUUGCGAUCAGAGUAUCUAAGCGAUCGCGAGUCACGCUACGGAAUUGUUCAACAGGCUUCCAUUGAGAGCACCGAUUCGAGGAUGUGCUACCUAACUUCAUCAGAGAUUUCGGACGAUGAUCGAAUGAGCCUAACUACCGCCGUUUCGGAUGAAGAUGAUGGGGAAAGUGUCAUGGCGUCACCAUAUAAAGCAAAGGCCACUGGCACCGCUGCAUCCUCCUUCAACUGCACGGGCGCUGUUCGCAAAGCCGGCUUCCUAUCGGUAAAGAAAUGGUUACUACGCAAGAAGCACCAGAUCGAGCUGGCCAGAAAGCGGGGCUGGAAGGGCUACUGGGUGUGCCUGAAGGGCACCACGCUGCUAUUCUAUCCGUGCGACUCCCGCGAGGGCCGGAGUGUGGAGGCGGCGCCCAAGCACUUGAUUAUCGUGGAUGGUGCAAUUAUGCAACCGAUACCAGAGCAUCCCAAACGCGACUACAUCUUCUGUCUUAGCACGGCGUUCGGCGAUGCCUAUCUCUUCCAGGCGCCCUGUCAGGUGGAACUUGAGAACUGGGUGAACAGCAUCCAUAGCGCCUGUGCCGCCGCCUUUGCCAGACAUCGCGGAAAAACGGGCACGCUGCACCUGCUCCAGGAGGAGAUCUUCCGGCUGGAGAAGGCCAUUGAGUCGGAUCACAAGCUGAAGCACAUGGCCGAGCUGCAGCAAUCAGUUGUCACCGAUCAGGAGACGCGUCAUCAGAUCCAGACGCAGAUACUGCAGUGGGAGGAGAACCUGGAGCGGCUGCACUGCGAACAGUUCCGGCUGCGAUGCUACAUGGCCUCGCUGCAAAGUGGCGAGCUGCCCAAUCCGAAGUCGCUGCUGACUCACGUGUCGCGACCCACGAAGAACACACUGAACAAGCUGGGCGUGUUCACGGUCUCCUCGUUCCACGCCUUCAUCUGCGCCCGCUCGCCCUCGCUGCUCAACAACCUGCUUGCCGGACGCGGGGCCACCAAGCGCCGACCGCCGAUGCUGUCGCGGUCCAACAGCGGCUCCAGUCGUCGCUCCAUGCAGAUGAAUUCACGUGACGAACCGGAAAAAACUUUCAAAGUUGCAAUGCCCGACAAUGCUUACUCGACGGUUUAUCUACGUGAUGCCAUGUCUGUGGAGGAAUUCCUCGCCAGCGCCUGCGCCCGUCGCAACCUCAAUCCCAUGGAGCACUUUGUGCGCGUCAAGAAGCGACGUGACAUGGAGGAUCACAAUUACUUUGUGCCGCAUCGCAACGAUCUGAUUGAAAAUUAUCUACAUAAUCACGAGUUCGUGGAGGUCUGCAUGAAGAUCCUGUACCAGGUGGAGCUGCAGCGCACCACCCUCGAGCAGAUGUGGGGCUUCUCCGUGGAGGCGGAGCUGAUCGAGAACGCCGAGCGCCAGGACGAGCUCUGCUGCUACGUGAGUCGCGUGGAGGACAAGAGUGUGGCCAUGCACAAUGGCAUUAUCAAAGGAGACGAAAUAAUGGUCAUCAAUGGCGCAAUUGUGUCCGAUCUAGAUAUGAUGUACUUGGAGAGCGUCCUGCAGGAGGAACAAUCGCUCAGCAUGAUGAUGCGGUCUUCCCGUACGGAGCCACCAGAUCUUGUGGGGAUCAUGAGGGUCACGGACGAUAUGAUUGAUUCACUGGUGUGCCCGCCGCCGCCCACAGAUCCGCCGGUGAUGAGCGAGGAGAUGAUAACUGGACUGAUUGUUCCGGCCCCGGGUUGGAAUGGCACUAGCAAGGAUUUGUACUCGCCGGAGGCGGAAAGCUCGCCGGCCACCUCCUUUGUGGAUCCGGCCGCAAUGGCCGCCCAGUUGGCGCUGGGCGGGGGCGUGGUCGUUGGCGGACUGGGCGUGGCCAAGCCCACAUCGCGUACGAGCAGUUUUGAGAUUGAGAAUCUGCUUAAGACCGCAGAGCAAGAAACACGCAAAUCGAGCCCCACCGGCUCGGUCACCUCGUCGGUGUCGACCACGGCAUUAACCCCAUCGCGCCAACUGACCGAUGCGGAGAAGCUGCGCAAAGUCGUCAUGGAGCUGGUGGACACGGAACGCACCUAUGUGAAGCACUUGAACAAUCUGCUCGAGCACUAUCUGGAGCCCAUGAAACGCGAGACAUUCCUCUCCAAUGCCGAGAUCAACGCUCUAUUUGGCAACAUCCACGAGAUCGUCACAUUCCAGCGCCAGUUCCUGCAGAAUCUGGAGGAGUCCUUGGACCUGGAGCCGGAGUUCAACAAGUUCGAGCACUGCGGCCAGUUCAGGAAUGUGCUCUUUGCGAUUGGCUCGGCUUUUCUCUAUUACGUCAACCACUUCAAGCUGUAUUCCUCGUUCUGUGCCAGUCACAGCAAGGCGCAGAAAGUCCUGCAUCCAAACGAGGGCAAUCACGCCCUGCAGGAGUUCCUGGCCGCUCGGAAUCCCAAGCAGCAGCACAGCAGCACCCUGGAAUCGUAUCUGAUCAAGCCCAUUCAGCGCAUCCUCAAGUACCCAUUGCUCCUGCAGCAGAUGCGCAAUCUAACCGACACCCGGGCCGAUGAGCAUGUCCAUCUUUGUGAGGCACUCAAGGGAAUGGAGAAGGUGGCCGAGCACAUCAACGAGAUGCAGCGCAUCCACGAGGAGUACGGCGCCAUUUUCGAUCACCUGUUCCGGCAGCAUCAGAAGUCCUGCAAACAGCCCAUCGACUUGAGUCCAGGAGAUCUCCUGUACUAUGGAGGAGUGGAAUGGCUGAACAUUUCGGACUUCCUGGGCAAGAUCAAGAAGGGACUGGAGCUGCAUGCCAUGUGCUUUGUGUUCAAGUCGGCAGUGGUGUUCCUCUGCAAGGAGCGGCUGCGUCAGAAGAAGAAGUUGAUGGGCGUGUCCAGCAAGAAUGCGACCAACGAGGUGGAGAUCAUUCGCUACCAGGUGCUUAUACCCGUAACCGAGGUGCAGGUGCGUGCCAGUUCGGCCAAGGACAUGGACUCGCACUUCCUGUGGGAGCUCAUCCACCUGCGCUCCCAACUGCAGCGUCGCUCCGAGAAGGUCUACGUGCUGUCCAACAGCACCGCCGACUUCCGCAACGCCUUCCUGAAGACCAUUCGCCAGAUCAUCCGCGAGAGCGUCCGGAACAUGUCAAUUCCGAUGAAGAACUUCGGCGGCAGCUCCGGCUCCGUCUCCGGACACUCCUCGCAGGGUAUGGGCAGCAUGGGCUACGCGGGCAACUCGCAGACACUGGAACGACCCAAGCAGCAGAUCACCAUAGUUCAUGGCUCGCACACUCUGGGAAAACCGAAGAAGAAGUCCGGAUCGCAGCGCCACUCUGCUGGCAACAUUGACUACGACAAUUUGUCGGGCAGCCAGGAGGCGGACGACCUGCCGCCCAGUGUGGGUGUGGUCCACUACGGCUCCGGCCACGCCCAUGUGCAGCAGAUGCAGCCAGCCGGUUUCCGAGGACGCAGCAAGACGGUGGGCGAUGUCGCUGAAAUCACCUGCUCUUCCCCAGAUCCCAAUCAGCAACAGCAGCAGCAGCAACAACAGCAGCAACAACUGCAGAUGCAACAGCAAGGACAUGCCCAUGCCCACCCACAUCCCCAUCCCCAUCCACAUCCACAUCCGCGGGAGCCACCACCACCCCCGAUCCGGCAGCCACACCUGCACCACCACAGCUCGGACAUCGAGAGGAUCGAUCCCGGGACGAAGUCGGAGGGCGAGGAGGACUCGCAGCAGGGCACAAUCAGGCCCAAGGCCACACUGGGUCGAACGCCCAAUCACUUGACGCUGAGCACCACAUCGACGCUCUCGGUGGGCAGCACCGGCAGCCAGGCGCGCCUGAUACAGUCGUCGCACCCGCCGGCCAGCUACCAGCCGGUGCUGAUGAAGGACCUAGGUAAGCCCAGCCCGGACGAGUCGGAGCUCGAGUCGGAGUCGGAGGCGCAUGUCGUCCAGGUGGCGGCCUCCUUUAACUUAAGUCUAGGCAGUAGUGGUAGCUUGUUCGCCUCCGAUCCCCGAGAGAGUCAGUCCCACACCCAGUCCCAAUCCCAGUCCCAAUCCCAGUCCCAAUCCCUGCAUCCCUCACCGCGCCAGUCGCCGCGUCAAUCGCCGCGUCAGUCGCCCAAGCAGGAUAUAGAGGUGAUCGAGAUCUUUGAGAGCGAGGCGGAACGACUGGCCGCCUCCCAGCAGGUGGCCGUCGUCCACCAGCAUCAGCAUCCGUUGCCAACGGGCCAGGCCAGGGAUUCAGGGCAUAGACAGCGACGUGACCGUGAACGUGACCGAAACCCGACCGAAACGGACGCCACGGCCCGGUUUAUGGACAAGCAUUUGAGCGAUCUGGAGCAGGAGAACCUGGCCGACGGCACCUGCGACAUUGUGGCCUACAUGGAGAGCCUGCGCGAGAAGGCCUUCGAUCCGCAGGAUCUGGCCGAGGAGGCGGGUGACCAGCAGCAGAAUGACUCCAGUCUCUCGCCGGAGCCGCAGACCAUUGUGGAGAACACGCAGCAGACGGUGGUGGUGGACAUCGAGUCGCCUUCCAGGCCGGCCACCGAAUCGGACAGCACGGGCAACACCACAGGACCCUCGGAGCGAUCGGGUGACGAGACGGAGGAGGAGGCCACCACCAGUUCGCUGGCCUCGCACAUCGUAGUGAUCGACAAGAAGGUGGACAAGAUCUUCAAGGCCAAGUCCCCGGAGCGACCGGCUUCCACCAAGGUCAAAGGAGGCCGCCGGCAGAUAUACAUCUCCCCGGAUCGCUGCAAGUCGCAGGGCAGCUCUCCGGUGCGGAUCAUCAAGAUCAAGUCGCCGCGCACCAGUCUGAGUGACCAGGGCAAGCGCCUGAGUGUGUGCUCAUCGAGGGAAACCUCGCAGGAUCGCCUCUCGGGCGGCCGAAGGACACCCAGCCCGCGUCGCUCCUCCGAGGGCGGUGGCAUUCUGAAGCACCCCACUGGACCGGCUGCGGGCAUCCUCAAGCCACCCUCCAGUCCGGCCAAGUCCAAGAGUCCGGAUCGCAGUUGCCUAAAGAAGGGCGGCCCCUCGCAUGUGUGCAGUGUGGAGACGCUUUCGCCGCGGGUCUCGCCCAGGGGCAGCAUGGAUCACCUGUCGCCGGACAGGGGCAUGACGAGCAGCUCCUGCCUGCGCCACUCGCCGCGCAGUAGCUUUGAUAGCCACGGCGAGUCGGAUCAUAAUCUGGAUGUGCCGCAUGGCAGCCGCAAGCGGAGCAUGUCCGCCCACGGAAGCUUCGAGACGGGCACGCGGCCCAGGGCCCAGGAGACCUAUCAGUACUAUCCGGUGUAUGACAACCAGACGUGCAGCGAUCACUAUGUGGCUGCCGCACCCACAGGACGAUAUGGUGCUGGUACUUCAAGUAGCCGCAGCAGGCUGAGCAAAUCCCUGGAGCGUUCCACAUCCAGGGACAGCACAACCACAAGCAGUUCGUAUGGCCAGAGGGCCUAUGGGGUUUCGCCCGAACGCAAUUAUGUGGUCUACAGUUCGGGACCAUUGCGCUCGCAGUCCGCCGAGAAUACGUUCUCCUCGCAGCCCAUCUAUGAUCCCUUGCCCCGACAUCCGCCACAACCGCUGCACCAGCCACCAAUGCACCACCAGCAGCAGCAACAGCAGCAACAGCAACAGCAAUAUGUGAGCUAUGCCCAGGAAAUGGGAGGCUAUGGUGGCUGCCAACAUGAUCCACAGGGAGGCGGUUAUCAGUUGAGCUCCUCGGCACCGGAGUACACCACGUGCAUCGAUUGCCUGUACCAGAAGAGACCCUCCUAGCAUAAGUCCCGCGUGCGGCAGAGUCGCACGCGGAAGAAGACACCCCGUGGCAUGGUGGUGGUCAGUGCCCAGCCCACGGCCACCGGCGGCAUAGGAUUCGUGCCCGAGAUGGGCAAUGCCGAGGCACCCGGCGGAUGUGUGGACUGUCACGACUACUUCGAGAUCCAUGUCUAAGGAACUCCAUAACGAGACAACAUUUGAAUCCAAAGAUUAACAGCCAAAAGCGUAACAACAACAACAACAACCCGAAAUGCCUCAACAAAAACUAAUUUUAACCGAACUCAGCUCAGAUAUACGUAAACUCACGACGCAAACUAUACAAAAAAAAGAAGGGUAGUAAACAAAACCGAACACGAACUUCCAACACAAGGGAUUGAAAUCAAAAAUAUUUAGCCUACAGAAUAUACAAUCUACUAAAAUCCACAAGCAUAAGUAAUAGCAGCGCAAUAGCAGGCACUCUUAAAAUAGUGGCAGAGUGAUGAUGACGAUGAUUAUAAUACCCAUACCAGUAGUAUUCGUUAUAUAAGUGUUAGCCGUAAGUCACCGAACCUGAGCGUAGUUAGCUCUUUUAGCGCAGCAAAUAUGUAGCUCAUACCGAAAACUAAUCAAAGGAUGUGGGGUUAGCUAAUACCCACGAUAAGGGAAAGGUUGCAUAAUGGGUGUGUGCCACCGUUUUCCAGUUAAUUAUUUAAGUUGCAGCCGUCGAGUUGAGCGCGAACAUUUCGCCGUGAUUUACACACUCCCCAUCAUAUAACCCCCCACACACACACACAUACCAAUACAUUAAAGAACAAAAUGGCGGAAGUUCCGCUCGCCUCGGGUGGCAAGUAGAAAUAUUACGUAUACGCCGCGUUGCACACACAAUACUCAAGUGCCGUAAUUACGAGGGCAAACAACAGAAAAGAGCAGUAGCAGCAGUAGCUGGAGCAGCAACUAAAACUAAUGUUGAAAUUCAUACUCGCACUCAAGUAAACUACUAAGAGACAGGCAGACAAACAAAUGGCAAACUCAACUUGAAACAUGGGUGGGAAAAAUAAGACAGCCAGGAGCCAGGAUGAAGAUAAAAGAAAACUCCAAGCCGACACACGCCUCACAGGCAGGUAAAAACUUCGUGGCAAGUCGCUAACUAACUAUUAGCAGAGGUAGGAAAAGCGAAGGGGCAGGGGCAAAGGCAGGGGAAAACUGUGUCAUUUCCGCAAAUGAAAUCAAACAUUUUUAAUUACCCAUCUAUCUGGCGAAAAAUGGAUCUGCAACUAAAAAGCUGACUUUGGGUCGAGUGCCAAUAUUUCCAGGGGUUAACAUGACAUAUACCUAACAACAGAGUAUACCUAUCGAGGGAUUAUUUACAUAAAGGACAAAAGGAAAACUAGAAAUUAACAAACAUUAGUUAGUUAGAAAAUAUUGCCAAUUUGCACGUUUGUGCGAACGGGCAUCGGUGUGUGUACCAAUAAUGUUGUGACAAAUAAUUUGCAUAUAUGCAUAUGGUUUUUUGUAUGAUUUUUAUAGGUUUUUUAUAGAUAUAAACAAAUAUACAUGCAUAUAUACAAGUCGAUGGGCAAAUCAAAUGAAACAGUUUCCGCAUGGGUUUUCCACCAUUUCCGUUUCCCAUUUCAAUUAAAUCAGCAAAAUACAAUAAAUGGAAUACCGAUCAAAUGGCGAUGUAUUCAAAGAAUGAUAAUCGUAAGUCGUACCUCAAUGUUCAGUAAUGGGUAAUCAAAUUAUAUGUACACUUAGGUAGCUACGAAAAUACGCGUAUAUAGUAUACAUAACCAUCCUCCCUUUUUGCGGCGCGGGCUGGGAAUUUCCAUUCGAUUCCUUGGCCCAAGCCGCCAUACUCUCGACUAAAUAUAGAAAACAAAUUUCAGGUUGUUGUAACGAGAAUUCAAAGCAGAAUAAAAAACACAAACCAAAGGAAAACUUAGUCAAAAUAAAUAUGUUUAAGCUUCAAGAACGUUUACAGUUUACAGUUUACACUGGGCUUCACAGCAGCAAAAUCAAAACAAGAUACAAAAACAAACAAAAAACAAACAAACAAACAUUCUCAAAAAUCAAAGUAUACAUCGUAAAUACGGCAUAUAUACAGCAGCAUAUACAGCAUACAUACAUGUUAAACGAAAAAUGGGAAUCCUCGAUGACCAGAGAAAUAUACGAAAAUAAAGGCAAACUAAAUAGAUUUAAGCGGAAGCCGCAGACAGCGAACAUUUAAGAGUAACAGUAAAAACCAAAACUAAAACUAAAACUAUAACAAAUAUCAAAUUUAACCGGUAAUCCUUGUGUGCACACACCCACACGGUCAACACACAGAAAUCCACUAAACAAAUAAUCGAAAAAUCAACAAACGUAACUGAAAACUUGAAAAGCGAAUGCGUAAAAACUAAACGAAUGCAAGCACACAUAACUAAUAAUGGAAACAGCAAACUAAAUUGAACUAACUAAAGCGAACUACAUAAACCAAUUCAAAUGCAAUUAACGAAAUGGCAUUUGAGAUAAAAGUAAAUAUAUAAAGUACACAAAAAUAAACAAAUAUCAAAGGUGAACGGACAGCGACUAGAACGUGAACGGCAACCAAUAAACUAAUAGAGUUUAUGCACCGAUUUCCUGGCCCAUCCCCAGACUCUUGAAAAGACACCUCCCCUCGAUUAGUUAUGCAUUUAAAUUUGUUUAGUAGUUGCUUAGCAGGUAAGUGCAGUAUUCAAUUGUAAUUAGGCAAACGGCGCUUGUUGUCGGAGAUGAGUGCUUGAAUUGAAUUAGUAAUUAAACAAUUUUACGGGUGAUAUUUAAUUUUGUCUACACACAAUUAUCUCAAAGAUAACUAAAAUCCCUAAUCACAUGAAAAAUUGACUCGAAUAAUGUUGAAUUUAGUUAGAUAUUUAGUCAUAAGUCGGAGUCGGAAUCGGAGUUCGAGUUACCUUAGGCAUGUUAAGUUACUAGGUUUUAUUUCCCGCCUAUUCGAUGCAUUUGUGUGUAUCUCUUUAUAGCGUAUCUGUGUAUCUGUUGUGUCUGUUACAAACACUUGAUAUUAUUAGUUGGCAUCGCUUGAUAAAUAAACAACUAACCUAAUAAAACCAAAACUCGAAUUAAAAAUCGAUGAACUUUGCAAGUUUUCCUUUUCAAUUUGAACGUUUUGCAUUUUCUUAAUCAAAUCUCAAUCACGACAAAUGACAGAGUGUGCCGAAGAUCUAGAGCCAAAUCUUGUACUGCUGAAUGCCAUGCCAACCGAAAGAGAGUCCAUUAUAAUCGAUCUAUAUAUUUUUAUCUAAUUAUAUAUGUCUUAUGGUUACACACACGUGCCCCACAACUCGACCACCACUACUCCACUUCUCCCCACCACCCCAGAAUCCAGAAACCUGAAUUUAUUCGGCAUUUUUUCACACAUAGAAACGCAAUUAUUUUCCAGAAAUUUAAUUUUCUGUUUUUCGUACCAAACUAAAUAAAAUUAAAUUGAAUUGAAUUGAAUUUUAUGAAACUUUCAUCUAUGCACAACUUUAUCCAUCGUUUUUGAAUCAUGCUCUUUGACUUUCGCAUCUGGAAAACUCAUUUUGAAAUUAGCAAGUGGGUUAACUGAAAUGCGAAACAAUUUCCAUUUCACCACUCACUCAGCCACAAUUUUCCAAAUUAAAAACUCCCCCGUAUCCACCGCAUAUAUGUACAUAAAUUUCUCCCUUUCAUUUUGUAUACCGAAUUGGAGUCCUUUAUCAAGACACACGAGAAACAGAAGAGGCAGAACGGAAAAUGUUGGCAUAAAAUGCAAAACUUUUGAUCUGAAAUUCGAAAAUUUGCCAAGUCUUGCCAUAGUUAUAAAAGCUAAACUAAAAUAAACUAAACUAAACUGAACUAAAAUGAACUAAAUAAACUAGAAAAUGAACCAAGCGAUGUCAACAUUUUAGCCAACAGAACUCUACCCAAACCCUUAAACCCCAGUAUUAGUUGUUUGAAUUAGCUGUUAAUCACUCCCACUAACCAGACCCAGACCCAGUCCCAGUCCCCAAAACUAUAUCAAGUAGCGAACCCCGCUUGAAGUAGUGCUCAUUACAUUAAACAAUAAUUAGUUUUGCUUAUAUUUUUUAACCAAAAAAGCGCCGAAAGUGUCUGGCCAAAGCUGGUUGGUCACUUUGGGCACUUUGAUUGCAUGUUUUUUAACCAAACGAAUCCGAAUUGGCCACAAUUUACUUAUUAUAAAAUCUGUUGAAACACAAUUGUAUUAUAACCAAAUGGAGAUGCUACUCCACUACGCCCCACUUGCUCUUUCUAACUCUUUCGCUCUCUAAAUCUAUAUAUUUUCUAUCUGAAUUUUAAAACGAAACUACAAAUUAAGUUCUGCAAAACCAAACCGAAAAUAUUUCAUAUUUUUUCAUAUAUGGUUUCCAUUGUAUCUUUUCUU